AUGCCGACCAACAGACCUUUCCUUGCCAAUCUGCUGGUAGCUUUCAGAGCCCAUAGCGCCGCCUCAAAGACCACAUCAAAUAACUCACCGUCCCCGUCCUCCUCCAAGCCCACAAAGUCCCAAUCAGCAACCUCUUCGGCCGCAGCAGCUGCCUCAUCGUCUGCAACUGCCGCGGCAGCCGCCGCCGCCGCCGCCACGCACGCGAGCAACAACGCGAAUCAGCAGCAGCCGACGUUCACCUCGAGCAGGCGACGGAGGUCGUCGAGCAGCUCGACGGAGGGGUUUGUGGAGCCGCCGAGCGGCGAGAAGUGGUGGAUUGGUGGCAGAAAUUCGGAUGGGCAGGAGAGAUUCUACCGGUUACAGCCAGUGUAUGUGUGA